AUGAUAAACCUAAAGAAAACUGCUUUAAAUAAGAAAAGAUUUUGCUUACAAUGUGGAAAACCAUACCCAAAACAUCACCCAGGAUGGUUAUCAGGGUUAAAUCUUAACUCUGUUUCAGGAAAUCUCUCUUGCACCUUGAAAAAAGAAGAGUCUACCCCAGUAUCAUGUGACAAUAAUAUAAACACACCCACAACUGUUGCACCUAGUCAUCUCACUCGAAAAGCUAGGGAUACACCCCCUAAAAGCAAGAAAAAACCCUGCGAUGGUGCCCAAUGUGGUGAACAAAAAACAAUUCCUUAUGAUACAAAAUUGGCAAAGAGACACACAUUGGUUGCAUCUCUCGCUAAUGCUCAAGAUAAUGUCCAACGUGAUGAAUGA